GGAGGACGCCGGCGUUUCCCGAAAGUCGGCUGGCGGUGGCGGUGGUGCGCGCGGUCCCGGCUAGUGCUCUCCCUCCUCUCAAGUGACUCCUCUGUUGGUCGGCUCCGGUGUCGCCGCGUCGUCCCUGCACUGGCGAUUGCCGUAAACUAUUUGGAUUAUUCUUUUUUACGGCCGUGACUGCUUAUAAACCGAUCCCGUCCAGGAUAAAUAUUAUUAAAUUUCGGUAAACAAAACAGAGCAAGAUGGACAGUGGCAAGUCGGAGACGCACGAUGCCGCCGGGCCGAUGGCGGCCGCCGAGCCGACCAAGCCGGUCUACAUGGACUACAGCCGCGAGCUGCGGCCACCGGCCAUCCAGAUACCGACCAUCAUCGAGCACCGGCUGGGGGACGAGGCGGGCCAGCUCAGCUACCCGCAGUACCCGCACAUCUACGGCCACCAGAGCGUGCCCGAGCCAGCCGACUACGGCACCCAGUCACCGGCGCCGACCGGGUACGGUACUCAGUCCCCGGCUCCAGCGGGAUACGGCACCCAGUCACCGGCUCCGGCUGGUUACAGCACCCAGUCACCGGCUCAGGCUGGUUACGGCACCCAGUCACCCGCUCCAGCCGGGUACGGCCACCCAGCGCCGCCUGAGACCGACUACGGCGGCCAGUCUCCCGCUCCAGCGAGCUACGAGGCCGUGAAGCAGGCCGGCUACGACCUAGCUCCGCCUGACGGCUACGGCGACAGCUACGAGAUGCGAGACGGUGAGUUCUCUCGGCCGGUGCAGGCGUGGCCGACCAGCGCCGACGGCGGCUUUCUGCAUCCCCGCGCCGAGUUUGCCGCGCCGCCUCACUCUGGCGACGACCGCGGCGCGCUGCGGGACGACGGUACCGGUACCCAGCUGCGGUACGAGGCGGCGUACCGCUCUGACAGCCGGUACCUGCGACAGAGCUCGCCGGCCGGCGCCGUACCCUCUCCACCCCCGCUGCAGGCCACCAAGUUCGACACCGAGGCGGCCGACCCCGUCCCGAAACAAUAUGACACCGACGGCGCUCUCACCGUGCACAAGUACGACCCGGAUGGGAUGCACAAGAGUUAUGAGGCGGAUGGAAUGCCGAUGGGUAAACCAUACGACACCGAUGGAAUGCACAAGGGCUACGACACGGACGGAAUCCACAAGGCGUACAGCGGCGACAGUAUGAGCAAACCGUACGACACGGAUGGCCUUCCUGUGCACGACAGUUACGACGGAGACGUGAUGCACAAGCCGUACGACACCGAUCGGCUUCCUGUGCACAAAGCGUACGACACAGACGGCAACCUGCCCAUUCACAAACCGUACGACGAGCCGGGUAAGUUUGAUGCCAUGGGAAAGCUCUACGAACAAUCUCCGGUAGAGGGGGAGAAGGAAGGCUUCCCCUACUCGCCGAGCUCGCUAAAACAGACCACCAUAAAGAUGGAGAGUCUGGCCACGUACGACACUAACGGGAUGCCGUGCUCAGAAGAGUCCGAUAAACCACCGGAAGGGGAGGCGACACAGGAAGGGAUGGCGGCCGCAGGAGCCACCGGAGCCAGCUCAGGAGGAUCUGCAGCAGGAGCCGCCUCAGGAGCAGCCGCCGGCUCAGGAUCAGGCACCGAGCAGGAGCAGACCGGGACGGAGAAGCCGACCAAGCGCGGAGCACCGGGCGUGCGCCGCCAGGAGAAACCUCCUUUCUCUUACAUCGCGCUCAUCCACAUGGCCAUUCAGAACUCGCCUACCAAACGCCUGACUCUGAGCGAGAUCUACCGCUUCCUGCAGGAGCGCUUCGCCUUCUUCAAAGGCAGCUACCAGGGCUGGAAGAACUCGGUGCGACAUAACCUCAGCCUGAACGAGUGCUUCAUCAAGCUGCCCAAGGGCCUGGGCCGGCCGGGAAAGGGGCACUACUGGACGCUCGACCCGUCCGCCGAGUACAUGUUCGAGGAGGGCAGCUCUCGGCGCCGGCCGCGCGGCUUCCGGCGCAAGUGUCGACACUCGCCGCUGAAGCCGUUCGGUUACUUCCCGGCCGGCGGCGCCAUCUCCAGCACUGGCUACGACGCGGCGCAGGGCCUGCCGUCGGCGCAGCCGCCCACCUACAGCGGCAGCUACAGCGGCGACUACAGCCAGCUCAGCCCGACAGCGUGCACGUACGGCCAGUCGCAGGCCGCCGGCAGCUACAGCCCGCUGAUCGGCCUGGCCGGCUCCUACAUGGCCGGGCCGGCCGGGGCCGCCGCCGGGCCCGCCGGGUACGACUACGGCCUACAGCCGUCUGCCGGCUACGGGGCGGGCUACGGCGACAAGGAAGCGGCCUGGUCGGGCCUCAGUGGGGUCACCGGUUCACCGCUGACCGGCUGUCUGCGGCCGCCGCACAGCCCGACGCCGGCUGAACAAGCUGUCUGCGAGGUGUAG